AGCGCAAAGAGCUAUUUGAGAGAUCUGUAUUUUAAUCAGAUUGAAUUUUUUUUCCCCAGUCGUAUAUCAUGUAAUGGCUUAGCAAAUGUCAUUAAUCAAUGUUAUUUGGUUUUCCAAGUAGACGGCGCAUAUGUAGCCUAUAUAUAAGCACGGUACACUCACAAGAUUAACACACAUUGUAAGUUUAUUUGAAUCAGUUAUCAUCGAAAUGCUUGGGAAAGUCAUCGUCCUGUUCUUCGUUGCCAGCGCAUGCGCACAGCUAGAUAAGAAACCUGGAAGCUGUCCGAAGCCUGGUAUUAUCACAACCUGUGAAUGUGAUCCAUGGGAUAUGCAUGUAGGGUGCAGUGGAGACGACGAAUGCCCAGGAGAUGAGAAAUGCUGUUCUUACGGAUGUGGCUGCAGAGUGGGAUGUGUAGCACCAGAGAAGAAACGGGUCUGUAAAUAUAACGGCAAGGUGUACAAAUCCGGACAUAGCUUCCCCUCCACUGACGGUUGUAACACGUGCACGUGCAGAUUUGAUGGAUUGGUCACGUGUACUUAUAUGAUCUGUAAUCAACGUCUUCCUCGCCGCCGCUCAUUUGACUUCCUCGGAUAAUACAGAAAACUCCAGAGCCGUCACGAUCCAACACCACAUAUGUAAUGCACUACUCUGUGAGACUUACUGCACUCUGUGAAAUUGUGUUGUAUGCGUAAAAAUAGUAAAGAUUGCGUUAGUUGUUAUUAUGUAGCUUGACUGGUUGUAUUGAUUGACUUUGUAGAAAUGUACGAUAAUGUUUAUAUUCAUUGUAGGAAUUAUUCCCGAGUAAAUAUAAUUUGUUUGUUACAAA